UCUCACCUUAUGAAUACCUUAUGAAUAGUUUUUAUUUGAUUAACAAUAAGAAUUUUAUUUACUCUCCCAUUGUUAGUGUCUCUUUGCCCAUAAGAAGAAGAACAUAACAAAACAAAACAAAAAACAACUAUAUAAGCAACAAUAAAAAAACAACAUAAUUUCCUUCAAGAAACAAUAAUACAAAGUGAGUCCCAAGUUAGCCAGGUAAUAUAUAUAAUAAAAGGCGAAUAUAUAUACAUACACAGGAGAAACCAUUGUAUCCAGACUUGUCGAUAAUGACGCGGAAUCAUCGCAGUGACCUGUAUAAAUUACAUAAAUUAUUAUUAAUACUAUUAUUAUAUAUUACAAUCUGUACACUUGGGAAUAUUGUCAGUACUGGUGCCAGCCCAACUGAUGACGCAUCAUUUGCUAUCGAUUUUCCGUGUGGUCCACAUCCAAUUGACAUGUUUUUAUCAAAGCUGUUUGAUUAUUUAGAAAAACAAGAACCAAAUUUUGACAGUUCUACUGAUCUACUAGAGGAGAAAUUACGCAUUAAAAUGAUCUAUGCUAAAUUGCUGUAUGCAUUUACACCAAUGCCUACAAGUAGUUAUUUUGUAUACAAUGAGAUAAUGCGAUCAAUCAACGAUUGGAAUGAAUGUAUGAGUAAACAGAUGAGACAUAAAAAAUGGUUUAAGCGUACAAGACAACUACAAAAUGUGAAUACAAUCAUUCCAUCUAAAGAGAAAAUGUUACAAUCGAAAUUCAACUUAUGAAACUUGAAAAGAGAAAAAAACGCACACUAUCUGGUUUCCUCUGUCUCUUUCUGCCUAUCUCCAUCUCUCUCUCAUUGAUAUUAUCUCUGAUUAUUUUGAUGUUGUUGCUGUUGUUGUUGCUGCUGUCGUUGUUGUUGUCAAUUUCGGAUGUGAACAAGUCGAAGGAGAUCAGUCAGUUAGCUAAUCAAUUAAUCAAUGAAUCAAUCAAUCAGUCAUUCAAUCAAUAAAUCAAUCAAAAUAGUGUAACAUCAGAAAGUG